AUGUCAUCUUGCAACCAGGUAGCUCUGGUAACUGGGGCUAACAAGGGCAUUGGCUUUGCCAUCACGCGUGACCUGUGUCAGAAAUUCUCUGGGGAUGUGGUGCUCACAGCCCGGAACCAGGCACGGGGCCAGGCAGCAGUGCAGCAGCUGCAGGCGGAGGGUCUGAGCCCGCGCUUCCACCAGCUGGACAUUGACGACCCACAGAGCAUUUGCGCCCUUCGUGACUUUCUGCUUGAGGAGUAUGGAGGACUGGACGUGCUGGUCAACAAUGCAGGCAUUAGCACCUGGCCCAAGAAUAAGCCACCAAGAACUGAUGACUUCUUCAAGGACACCCAGCUAGGCACUGAUCUGACCCACUUUUACAUUCGAGCGGAAGCAACAAUGAAAACAAACUUUUUUGGUACCCGGGCUGUCUGCAUGGAGCUGCUCCCCCUAAUAAAACCCCAAGGCAGAGUGGUGAAUGUAUCGAGCAAAAUAAGUCUUGAUGCCCUGAAAAAGUGCAGCCCAGAGCUGCAGCAGAAGUUUCGAAGUGAGACCAUCACCGAGGAGGAGCUGGUGGGGCUCAUGAACAAGUUUGUGGAAGACACAAAAAAAGGAGUGCAUGAGAAAGAAGGCUGGCCGAACAGUGCCUAUGCGGUGACCAAGAUCGGGGUGACAGUCCUGUCCAGAAUCCACGCCCGGAAACUCAGCGAGCAGAGGAGAGGGGACAAGAUCCUCCUCAAUGCCUGUUGCCCCGGGUGGGUGAGAACCGACAUGGCAGGACCAAAAGCCACCAAAAGCCCAGAAGAAGGAGCAGAGACCCCCGUGUACUUGGCCCUUUUGCCGCCAGAUGCAGAGGGACCUCACGGGCAGUUUGUUCAGGAGAAAAAAGUUCAACAGUGGUGAACUCAACUCUCACCUCUUCCCACAAUCCUUGGUUUUGUAUCCUAUCCUAAAGUGAUACAGACCUCUAAUUCUAAUUCUAAGAAGUUUUGUGACGUCCUCAAAGAGAGAAAAU